CCUGCCCUCAUGCCGGCACCUCCGCGCCGGCGGCGGCCGCGGCCGCCACGCCGCCCAGGACGUCGCCCGCCUGCUCCGGCGGCGCGGCUGUGGGGCCUCUGGACGGCCCGGCGGCGGCCUCCGCGGGCCGCGGCGGCCCGCGCGCCAUCGCCAGGAGCGCCGCCAGGGCGCAGAGCGCGGCGAGCAACCGCGGCCCUAACGGAUCUCGACUGGCACAGCCAGCGCGGCAUCGCGGACCGCACGUCCUCCUUUUGGGGGAGCCGGAGUGCAACGGGAGCUCCCGGUGCGGCCCGGGGUCCGCCCUCCGCUUCAUGGCGCCACCCCGCGCCGCCCCAUAUGCCCCGCGUGCCGUGCGCGGGCUCACCGCGGAGCUGGGCUGGAG